UCACGUGGUGCGGGGUGGGGCCUGGGGGAGUCACGGGGGAAGGUGCGCGCUCAGUGCGGCUGCGCCGGCCGGUAGCUGCAGCUGGAGCAGUGGCGUUUGGAGGAGACUCGGAUAUACCUUCUCAGAAGCUGCACAGGAGGAAACGUAGUGACAAAGAAAGAAGUUGUCAUUCUUUGCACGAAACUGGAUGGCUUCUACAGGGAGCCAGGCCUCUGAUAUAGACGAGAUUUUUGGAUUCUUCAGUGAUGGCGCACCCCCCACCAAAAAGCCCAGGAAGCUGCUUCCAAGCUUAAAAACUAAGAAGCCUCGAGAACUUGUGCUAGUGAUUGGAACAGGCAUUAGUGCUGCAGUUGCGCCUCAAGUUCCAGCCCUCAAAUCCUGGAAGGGGUUAAUUCAGGCUUUACUGGAUGCUGCCAUUGAUUUUGAUCUUUUAGAAGAUGAGGAGAGCAAAAAGUUUCAGAAAUGUCUCCAUGAAGACAAGAACCUUGUCCAUGUUGCCCAUGACCUCAUCCAGAAGCUGUCUCCUCGUACCAGUAAUGUUCGAUCCACAUUUUUCAAGGACUGUUUAUAUGAAGUAUUUGAUGACUUGGAGUCAAAGAUGGAAGAGUCUGGAAAACAGUUACUUCAGUCAGUUCUCCACCUGAUGGAAAAUGGAGCCCUUGUAUUAACUACAAAUUUUGAUAAUCUCCUGGAACUGUAUGCAGCAGAUCAGGGGAAACAGCUUGAAUCCCUUGACCUUACUGAUGAGAAAAAGGUCCUAGAGUGGGCUCAGGAGAAGCGGAAACUGAGCGUGUUGCAUAUUCAUGGAGUCUACACGAACCCUAGUGGCAUUGUCCUUCAUCCAGCUGGAUAUCAGAAUGUGCUCAGGAAUACUGAAGUCAUGAGAGAGAUUCAGAAACUUUACGAAAACAAGUCAUUUCUCUUCCUGGGCUGUGGCUGGACUGUGGAUGACACCACUUUCCAGGCCCUUUUCCUGGAGGCUGUCAAGCAUAAAUCUGACCUAGAACAUUUCAUGCUGGUUCGGAGAGGAGACGUAGAUGAGUUCAAAAAGCUUCGAGAAAACAUGCUGGACAAGGGGAUUAAAGUCAUCUCCUAUGGAAAUGACUAUGCCGAUCUUCCAGAAUAUUUCAAGCGACUGACAUGUGAGAUCUCCACAAGGGGUAGAUCAGCAGGGAUGGUGAGAGAAGGUCAGCUAAAUGGCUCAUCUGCAGCACACAGUGAAAUAAGAGGCUGUAGCACAUGAGCGAGCUAGAGAAAUCACCACCGUUAGACCAAGCUGUAAGGCCCUACCACGGACAGUGUUUAACAAAUAAACUUACAAGAACCCAACACAACUCCCAGAAAGUAACAAUGGCCAGAGGUUGAAGGGCGGGGUAGAAGAGGGGGGAAUGUUCCAGCGUAAUCCUUCAUACCACCUGGUUCUUGAUAUUCUGCUGCCUGUUCAAGAAUAAAAGUGACAGCAGGACCCAAAUGCAGCUCCUGACCCAAUCCCCAGGCUGGACAUGCUUGUGUCCACACAGCACACCAAUGUGAUACCUCCACUGACUGGCUGCAGCUCUGCAUGGACUCGGGGUCUAGAUGCCAUGGAAUCACCGUGGCUCUUGUUGCAGUUUUGUACUCUAUACUUGGUUUUUCAAUUAAGCUUAAUGGCUUUUUUAAAACAUGACUUGAAGCUCUAGUUUUCUAGAUCUUUUACAGUGUACAGUAUUUUACAUAACUGAGCUGUAUUAAAAGCUUGUUCAUUUACUUGCCAGGACCCUGGCUCUACUUUGAGAGUCAUUGUAGAAAACUCGAACUUGCAUCAAGGCACUAACUAAUAAGCUUAAUUUUAACCCAAUUUUAAACGUUCUGAUCUUUCACCUUGGGGUGAUCUCAUUCUUAGGACAACCGUUUACUUACCUGAUUCCUUGGAGUAAACUUCUGCUCUGUUGUCCUGACCAUAUAUAAGCCCUAGAACUAUAGUUAGUGUGUUGUGGAAUUUUAGUUUUGAAUCCUGUAUAAAAGAACUCCAAGACCU